GUCAUUUGGAUUAACCUUAUUUUCCUCUCUCCUCCUACCCCAAUCACACCCUCGCCUCUAUAAAUACACCACUUACAAGUCUCUGUUCAACUCCACAUAUAGUCUCACACAACACAUUAUCACAGAACUUUACACAUCUCAAACAAACUCCAAAUACAAGACACUUAAAGCAAUGGCAGGCGGAGGGCUUGCAGCGCCGGUAAACGGCGCCGGAGGAGUUGUUUUUGAGGCGAAGAUUACGCCGAUUGUCAUCAUUUCUUGUAUCAUGGCUGCCACUGGUGGCCUCAUGUUUGGCUAUGACGUCGGUAUUUCAGGAGGAGUGACAUCAAUGGACCCAUUUUUGAAGAAAUUUUUUCCAGUGGUGUUCCGAAAAAAGAAUUUACCGAAUGCAAACCAGAGUAACUACUGUGAAUAUGACAAUGAAGGGCUCCAAUUGUUCACAUCAUCUUUAUACCUUGCUGCAUUGGUUGCAACAUUCUUUGCAUCGUAUACAACCAGACAAUUGGGAAGGAGGCUAACUAUGUUGAUUGCUGGAGUAUUUUUCAUUGUUGGUGUCGCACUUAAUGCGGCUGCUCAAGAUCUUGCUAUGCUUAUUGUUGGCAGGCUUUUGCUUGGUUGCGGUGUUGGCUUUGCCAAUCAGGCGGUUCCCGUGUUUCUAUCAGAGAUAGCACCAACCCAAAUUCGAGGAGGCCUGAAUAUCUUAUUUCAGCUUAACAUCACCAUCGGUAUUCUUUUUGCCAACCUGGUCAAUUAUGGCACCAAUAAGAUGAAAGGGGGAAAUGGAUGGAGGGUAUCAUUAGGUUUAGCGGGGAUUCCAGCUUGCCUACUCACCUUGGGAGCUCUGAUCGUUACGGACACCCCCAACAGUCUUAUCGAAAGAGGGCGUUUGGAGGAAGGUAAAGCAGUUCUUAGAAGGAUUAGAGGUACUGAUAACAUUGAGCCUGAAUUUUUGGAACUAGUUGAGGCCAGUCGCAUGGCUCAGCAAGUGAAGCACCCUUUCAGAAAUCUGCUUCAGCGAAGAAAUCGCCCUCAGCUUGUCAUUUCUGUUGCAAUGCAGGUCUUCCAACAAUUCACUGGUAUCAACGCAAUCAUGUUCUAUGCUCCCGUGUUAUUCAACACCUUAGGAUUCGGAGCCAAUGCGUCCUUAUACUCAGCAGUCAUAACCGGAGCAGUAAACGUCCUCUCAACUGUUGUCUCUAUUUACUCUGUCGACAAGCUUGGACGACGUAUUCUUCUCCUCCAGGCUGGAGUUCAAAUGUUCUUCUCACAAUUGAUCAUAGCUAUAAUCCUCGGUCUUAAAGUCAAGGACCACUCAAACUCUCUCUCCCAUGGUUAUGCCAUCUUUGUUGUAAUACUAGUAUGCACUUUUGUCUCCUCCUUUGCGUGGUCUUGGGGACCGCUUGGUUGGCUCAUUCCUUCGGAGAUAUUUCCUCUGGAAACGCGAUCAGCAGGGCAGAGUGUGACCGUUUGUGUUAACAUGCUCUUCACCUUUAUCAUUGGACAAGCUUUCUUGUCCAUGCUUUGCAAGUUCAAGUUCGGGAUUUUCCUCUUCUUUUCUGGAUGGGUGUUGAUCAUGUCCAUUUUUGUCGUAUUCUUGAUCCCCGAAACUAAAAAUGUCCCGAUUGAGGAGAUGACCGAGCGAGUUUGGAAGAAUCAUUGGUUAUGGAAGAGAUAUAUGGAGGACGAUCACCGCUACAGGGAUGGAAUUGAGGUUAACGCCAUCAAAAAUGCUCAAAAGAACAACAAAGUUGGAGGACAAAAUAAUGGGUCUGCUGCAGCUCUAUAAACUUUUGGACUCAAUACAUUUGUUAGUAGUAGUACAUUUCUUAUACAAUUACUUCCAAGUAAAUAGGAUAUCGAUAAUUGGGGUACAUAGGUAGCAAAAUUUUGUGCCCUUCCUACUCUUCAAUGGGCUAGGAUCUUCUACCAUGAGUGGACACAUUUGUUUUCCUGACAUAGUGACAUUCUAUAAAACAUCGAACUGUUUGCAGAAAGCUAUAACAUUAUAUUGGAUUGAAUCUUGGUAAAAUUUCUGUUUUUUCUAGGUAACAAUUGUUUCUAAACAAAGAAGCAAUUUAAAUCUACAUAUCGAGGAAUAAAAUGUGUAUCAUAAUACUUUCUUAUUUUUAA